AUGAAGAACCCAGAAGCUCAACAGGAUGUUUCGGUUUCCCAGGGAGUUCGCAUGAUGUUUUACAUGAUGAAGCCCAAUGAAACGUCAUUCCAAACCCUAGAAGAGGUGCCUGAUUAUGUAAAAAAGGCAACUCCAUUUUUCAUUUCCUUGAUGCUGCUUGAACUAGUUGUCAGCUGGAUUCGCAAAAGGAAGCCACCAAGCCGUUUGGAUGAUGCGUUAACAUCAAUAUCAGCCGGUGUUCUGUCUCGGCUUCCAAGGUUGUUUACCAGGAGCAUUGAACUGACCAGUUACACGUAUAUCUGGGAGAACCACAGGCUCAUCAGUUUGCCUUGGGAUUCUCUAUGGACCUGGUAUUUAACCUUCUUAGGAGUUGACUUUGGCUACUAUUGGUUCCAUCGCAUGGCCCAUGAGGUUAAUAUUAUGUGGGCUGGACACCAAACACACCACAGUUCUGAAGACUAUAACUUAUCCACAGCACUGAGACAAUCUGUCCUCCAAAUAUAUACUUCCUGGAUAUUCUACUCUCCCCUGGCCCUCUUCAUACCACCUUCGGUAUAUGCUGUUCAUCUUCAGUUCAAUCUUCUCUACCAAUUUUGGAUCCACACAGAGGUCAUUGAUAACCUUGGUCCUUUGGAACUGAUUCUUAACACUCCUAGCCAUCAUAGGGUUCAUCAUGGCAGAAACCGUUAUUGCAUAGACAAAAAUUAUGCCGGCACUCUUAUUAUAUGGGAUAGAAUUUUUGGGACCUUCGAGGCAGAGAAUAAAAAAGUUGUAUAUGGUCUGACACAUCCCAUUAAUACAUUUGAUCCAUUCAAGGUGCAGUUCCACCAUUUAGUUUACAUAUGGACUACAUUCUGGGCCACACCUGGAUUCUUCAAUAAGUUUUCUGUCAUAUUUAAAGGACCAGGAUGGGGUCCAGGUAAACCAAGACUUGGACUGAGUGAAGAAAUCCCAGAGGUUACAGGGAAAGAAGUUCCCUUAUCAUCAUCAGCGUCUCGACUAUUAAGGAUAUAUGCGGUUAUACAGUUUGCUCUGAUGCUAGCCUUUUAUGAAGAUACCUUUGCAGAUAAAGCUGCACUAUCACAGGUCACUCUUUUUCUGAGGGUUUGCUUCAUUAUUCUGACCUUGACCUCCAUUGGAUUUCUUUUGGAUCAAAGACCUAAGGCAGCCAUUCUGGAAACUUUCCGUUGCUUGGUGUUCCUAAUGCUGUGUAGAUUUGGUCAUCUGAAGCCUCUCAUCCUUUCCUUGUCAUUUGCUUUUGAGAUUUUUUUUUCCAUCUGUAUUACUUUCUGGGGAAUAAGAAGCAUGAAACAACUUGCCUCUGGCCUUUGGAAAUAA